AUGUUCAACUAUCAACAUCCCAGUAUUGUUCCUUCAUCUCAAAGGAAUUUACCUGUUGAUGAGAACGCUGGUAUUGGGCCAACAGCCACUACCAUCAUGAACAAGCCUAUCACCACGAACAUCCAACCAAUCAAACUUUCAAAGCCAUAUAUCUCCAGCGUUUCUUCAAACACCCAACCACAAGGUACGACACAAAGAACAUGUUUAGGUGAUAUCUCUAAUCAAGUCCACCAUCUGCAGCAAAAGUCUGUUUUGUCUGUCGCUUCAAAACCACAAGUGAUCAAACCCAAUUUACCUUCAUCAAGUGUGCUGCCACCUAAUAGCUCAAACAACAGUGUGCCAAUCUCUUUAAGCAGUACCACGACCAGCACGACCACGACCACUCGGUUAUUGUCCAAACCACAUCGACUUGCUUCCAACAAUGACCAUGCCGCCUACCUCUCUUCCUCCUCUUCUGCAAUCACAAACAGCAUCCCCACCAACACCACUUUAACCACUCUCAAUGACAAGGACAACUCUUCAUCCCUUCUUAUUCCUUCUUCCCUACAGGAUCCUCCCACUCUCUCUUCACCUCCACCAAAGAAACCUGCACAACGUUUACUGAACUCUCCUAAAAUUGAUGAAAAUGACUCUUCCGAUCCUCAAUCCUGCACUGAAUACAUUAAAGAAAUUAUGAGUCAUUACAAGGCUAUUGAACGAAAAUAUCUUGCAGACUGUAAUUACAUGUCAAGACAAAACGAUUUACAUCCCAACAUGAGAGCUAUUCUUGUGGACUGGUUGAUUGACGUUCAUUACAAAUUCAAGUUGGUUCCUGAAACGCUCUACUUGACCGUGAAUUUGAUUGAUCGAUUCUUGAGCGAACGAACAAUCUCUAGACAACGACUUCAACUCGUGGGUAUCACUGCCAUGUUCAUUGCCUCCAAAUAUGAGGAAAUUAUAAGCCCUAUUGUUGCUGACUUUGUAAAAAUCACCAAAGAUGCCUACACAAGAGAAGAAGUCUUGAAAAUGGAAAGAAUCAUGUUGCAAGUGUUGGACUUUAACUUGACAAUAGCUUCUCCCAAUGUUUUUCUGAAACGAUAUUUGAAAUGUGGUCGUUGUACCGAGCUGCAAACGUAUAUUGCUAUUUAUUUGAGUGAACUAUCAUUGAUGGACUAUGCCCAACUUGAAUUUACUCCUUCGACGGUUGCUUGUGCAGCUGUGUAUUUAUCCAAACAUUUAACACAAGAUUUCGAAAAGUGGGAUUCAACAAUGGAACACUACACGGACAAGACUGAAGAAGACAUUUUGCCUUGUGCUAAGGCAAUGCUUCGAUAUCUGAAAAAGAUAUCCUCUCAACGAAGAGAUGCCAACAACAAGCCACUCGUUGCUGCUGUGAAUAAGUACAAGAAGGAAGAUCGAUUAUCUGCCUCUAGAGUUUGUGCAAAAAUGGCUGACACUGUUAAUUUGUAA